AUGGGCCCGCUGCUUCUGGUCCUGCUGUACCCACUGCCCUGUGUCUUGGGCCUGCCUUUCUACAAUGGCUUUUACUACUCCAAUAGUCCCAACGGCUGGAACCCGGGCAACGGCCACGGCGAAGGCGUCUUCAAUGGGGUGAAGCUGGUGGUAGAGACAACCGAGGAGACCCUGUUUUCCCACCGGGGGGCCAACGUGACCCUGCCCUGCCGCUACCACUAUGAGCCGGCCCUGCUGUCCCCGAGGCCCGUGCGCGUCAAAUGGUGGAAGCUGUCGGAGAAUGGGGCCCUGGAGCAGGAUGUGCUGGUGGCCAUCGGGCUGAGGCACCGCUCCUUCGGAGACUACCGCGGCCGGGUGCGCCUGCGGCAGGACGGGGAGCGCGAAGUGUCGCUGCAGAUCCGGGACCUGCGGCUGGAGGACUCCGGGCGUUACCGCUGUGAGGUCAUUGACGGGCUGGAGGACGAGAGCGGCCUGGUGGAGCUGGAGCUGCGGGGUGUGGUCUUUCCCUACCAGCACCCCUGGGGGCGCUACCAGCUCAACUUCCUCGAGGCCCAGCGGGCGUGUGCAGAGCAGGACGCGGUGGUGGCCUCCUUCGAGCAGUUGUUCCGGGCCUGGGAGGAGGGCCUGGACUGGUGCAACGCAGGCUGGCUGCAGGACGCCUCGGUGCAGUACCCCAUCGCGCGCGCCCGGCAGCCCUGCGGGGGCCUGGGCCUGGCUCCCGGCGUGCGCAGCUACGGCCCCCGCAGCCACCGCCUGCACCGCUAUGACGCCUUCUGCUUCGCUCCGGCCCUCAGGGGGCAGGUAUACUACCUGGAGCACCCCAAGAAGCUGACCCUGGCAGAGGCAAAGGAGGCCUGCCAGGAAGACGGCGCCCACAUUGCCAAGGUGGGCCAGCUCUUUGCUGCCUGGAAGUUCCGUGGCUUGGACCGCUGUGAUGCCGGCUGGCUGGCGGAUGGCAGUGCCCGCUACCCUGUGGUUCGCCCGCGUCCCAACUGCGGGCCCCUGGAGCCCGGCGUCCGAAGCUUCGGCUUCCCAGACCCGUGGAGCAGGGAGUAUGGCGUAUAUUGUUACCGGCCCCGCUAGGGGUCCUGCGCCUCCCCUCUCGCACUGUAUUUAU